AUGUUGGUCAUGUUGGCCUGGAUAUUUCACCCGCCCGUCCGCAAACCUCAAAACCUUUACCUGCUCUCCAUGGCAGUGGCUGACUUUGCGAUUGGGGUUAUCCUUGCCCCCACCCUUAUGCAGGAACUGAGGUCGGAUGACUGGCCCUUUUCGACGGGAUGGUGCCAGGCAUAUCUCUUCAUUAUUGGGACCCUCACCUCAGUCUCGUUCAUCCACGUGGCGGCAAUUGCUCUGGACAGGUACCACAUCGUAUUUGACACCACCACAUACAUGCAGCGCCACACGUUUUCCUACUUUUUGCAGAGGAUUGCCUUCAUAUGGAUCCUGUCCAUGUGGAUCGGUCUCCCUGAUGUUGUCGAGAUGCCAGAAACGGAGAAUUUUUUAAGCUUAACGGGCCAAUGCGUGACCCCAUUGAAAAAUGGGUACCGGAUUUUUCUCGCCCUGGGAAAUUAUUUAUUGCCGACGAUCAUUAUUUUGAAAACAUAUCGGGACAUUUACCAGAAACUGAAGGAUGUGGACAUUCAGUUCAACAGUGAUAAAAAGCAGGAGGCCUCCAUGAUUAAGGAAAAUGACGACGAGGUGAUUCCUCUCAAACGACAGAGGCGGGCUCUGCACAUGUUGGCAAUUAUAAUUUUGGCGGCGUGUGUUAGUUGGCUGCCAUUCACGGUCGUCUAUGCCGUCCUUGGCUACACGGACUGGUCUGGGAAACUCCUCACAAUGCGGACCUGCCUGGCCAUUGGAUUUUCAAAUUCUGCCAUGAAUCCGGUCAUUUAUGCACGUUGUAAUCCCGAUUUUAGAACGGGUUUUAAGAAGGUUAUUACUUUAGGGGGAAGGAUAAGAUGUCUGUAG